AUCGAUAGUUUCUUGAAUAAGCUAGAGAGUCACUUGGGCUACAAAGAUGUUGGAAGAAGAUAUGGAGGUGGCCAUCAAGGUGGUGGUAGUAGGAAAUGGAGCUGUUGGAAAGUCCAGUAUGAUUCAGCGAUAUUGCAAGGGGAUUUUUACAAAAGACUACAAGAAAACUAUUGGUGUAGAUUUCCUGGAAAGACAAAUCCAAGUUAAUGAUGAAGAUGUCAGGCUAAUGUUAUGGGACACUGCGGGUCAAGAAGAAUUUGAUGCAAUAACUAAGGCCUACUAUAGAGGAGCCCAGGCUUGUGUUCUUGUGUUUUCUACAACUGACAGAGAGUCCUUCAGAGCAAUCCCUAUCUGGAAGGAGAAAGUGGUGACGGAAGUUGGAGACAUUCCCACAGUUCUUGUGCAGAAUAAGAUCGAUCUUCUUGAUGACUCUUGUAUAAAGAAUGAAGAGGCAGAAGCACUGGCAAAAAAACUAAAAUUAAGGUUCUACCGAGCAUCUGUGAAGGAAGACCUAAACGUAACUGAAGUUUUUAAGUAUUUGGCUGAUAAAUAUCUUCAAAGGCUCAAGCAACAAACAGCUGAAGAUCCAGAACUAGUACGUACAAGCAGUAACAAGAUUGGUGUUUUUAAUACAGCUGGUGGAAGUCACUCCAACCAAAAUUCUAGCACUCUUAAUGGUGGAGAUGUCAUCAACCUUAGACCAAACAAACAGAGGACCAAGAAAAACAGAAGUCCUUUUAGCAACUGCAGCAUACCUUAGACCACUUUCGGAGGGAAAAAACCAACCCAGUGAAUUGGAUGAAAUUGUGCAAUUGAGUACAGAAUAAAGCCAGCUGUAGAGGUAUUUUUACCAGUGCUUUAGCAAAUCUUGUGCCUAUGGGGUCCUUGAUAGAGGGUGGAUUUAGAUAAACUUGCUGAUGCAGUGUUUUUUGGUGUGUAGAGUGAGACACCUGGUGGCAAAACAGAGCCGUGGCUGCCCCGUGCACUUUGUAAAAAUUA